AUGAAUCGGAUAGAAGCUUGGCUAUCUCACUGCGAUAGAACUCAUGAAUUCUGUCGCGACCGUGACUCAACACUAUUCUUUCCAACUCGCGUGAUAGACGUGAAGGAAAUCGAAAGCGGCAAAGUCCACCUCCGAGACCGACAAGAAGUUAUAGCACAAGAAGGACUGCGGACUGAUGCGGGAACAGAGACCUCAGAGGAGUUCCAGGGUCACUAUCCUGUGUACUGGACUCUGUCUCACCGAUGGGGUGACCCGGACAAAAUUCUAAAAUUGCUGCAUGGCAACGAAGAUCAAUUCAAACAGGGGCUGUCUUUGACUACUGGAAGUGUACCAAAAACCUUUCAGGAUGCAAUGUGGGCAAUACACCGUCUGAAAUACAGAUAUAUCUGGAUCGAUUCCUUUUGCAUUUUUCAAGACUCGAUUGAAGACUGGCAAAAGGAAGCAGACAAAGUAUCUCACAUUUACCGAAACUCAUUCUGUAAUAUCUCAGCAAUAUUAUCCUCAUACGAGCCAACUAGUACGCUCUUCGCUAGCGAGCGAAGCCCUCGACUCUUAUUCCCCUUUUCCGUGAACCUCUUUUCUGAUGGCCCACAAACAUAUGUUAUCAAAAAGAAGAAUCUGUGGAAAGAUGAAAUCGAAAGGUCACCUCUAAGUACGCGUGGUUGGGUUGUACAAGAGAGAUUCCUCGCUCCCAGAAUCAUUCACUUCGCUCAGAACCAAGUAUUCUGGGAGUGCCUAGAGAAUGCAAGAUGCGAGGCCGACCCGGAUGAUCACAUUGGAAUAAUCAAUGACCCAGAUAUCAGCCAUGCGAGACUCAAAGUGACAGCUUAUAAGGAUGCCCUCAAAGAGCUGGCGGGAUUAUCUUCGUUUUUCCUCAAAUCGAGCCGGGAUCGUACCAAAGUCGACUGGAAUCGCGGUAGCGACGACCAACACAAUUUUUAUACUGAGCGAGUUCUCUGGAGACAGAUGAUCAGUAUCUAUACUGCUUGUAACCUCUCAAAUCAAUCAGACCGACUCAUUGCCAUGGCUGGUAUUGCCAAAGCCUUCCAAAAGGUCACUUUAUCGACAUACUUUGCUGGGCUGUGGGCGCAUAGUCUACACACAGAUCUCCUUUGGGAAUCGAAUGCCUCUGAGGGUGGUGUGGUGCAUCGUUACACCCUUCACGUUCCGUCCUGGAGUUGGGCGUCAGUUUUUGGAGGGAAUGUCAGGCUAUAUGGAUAUACCCGCUUUGGUGGCGAUCCCGCUUCUCAAAUCAAAUACAUCACCUCGAGAUUGGAGGCGGAGAGACCCGGCGGUGACAUUAUGGGGUUACUUGGACGGGCAGAGCUCGAAAUUGAAUGUGUCCUUCUCUAUUACCGGUGGAAUGGGAAUUCACAAAGCUUGGAACUCUUUGCCGAUGAGCCAAGGACCGAACCCGCGUUCAAUGGAGGUCGCAUUUGGGGAACGAACCUGAAAUUGGAUACACAUGAAUUGGUUCAGGAUUUCAAGGACAAGGUACUUAUCGAGGGAGAAUGUAUUCCAAUCACUUUAGGAAGAGAAGCCUAUGGUGCUUCAGUUAACAGAUUUUUGGUCGUGGAGAAGGUACCUGAGGGGAAAUAUCGAAGGCUAGGUGUAUAUCAAUUAGGGGAACAAGGUGCAUUUUCUGUUAUUGGCAACAAGGAGCGCACCGCCAUUACUCUUGUUUGA